AGCAACAUAUACAUAGAUAGAUAGAUAUAACAUAAAUAGUCUUAUAACUAUAUAUAUAUAUCGGGAUUAGGGAGAGAUUAGCCAAGUGACGGUGCACGUCACUUUACCUUAAAUUGUUCACCGGUUGUUUGGCGCAGCAGCUAUGGAGCAGGGCAUCUCCGUAGCCAUUGGUUUGUUCUCAUUUAGGGAAGCCGCAUUGAAGUUUUAAGGUGCUCGGACUUUGUUCGGCCAUGGGGCAGCAGCUUGUGCUUGCAAGUGUCUUGAUGACGGCUUCGGCCUUGGAUGUGAUUGUGGUCGGGGCCGGGAUGGGCGGCCUGAGUGCAGCAAAGAAGCUCCAAGACAACGGCCACAGUGUCACCCUUUUGGAGGGAAGAGAUCGCAUCGGUGGCCGUACGUGGACGAGCCAUGAAUUGGGCUUCCCCACUGACCUUGGCGCCAGCUGGAUUCAUGGGGCAGGUCCUCAAAACCCUUUGACGCCUUUUCUGGCAGAAUUCGGCAUUGCAACCGUGAGCGAUGCAGAUGGACAGAAGUGUCGUUAUGACACUGAUGGCUACAAGUACUCGCCAUCAGAGGUGAGUAGCUGGGAAGACUAUUGCUGGGAUGCCGAUGAAUCUGCAGCUGUACCCACCACUGGCACCCUGGAGGCAGCCUUGAGGAGCUAUGAUCCGACUUUCUUUAACACUGUGGAGGGGGAGAUGUGUCUUGCGGGCUGGGAUUUCAAUGAGGGCUCUGCUUUGGAUUUGGUCAGCGCGGCGAACAUUGCCCAGAGUGAAGUCACGAAUGCUGCUGGACCUGGCCCAGAGCUGCUCAUUUUCGAUGGCUACAACACCUUGACUGACAACUUGACCGCUCAAUUUCAAGCUGCAGGCGGCACAGUUGUGACGAGCGCCACAGUGACCCAGGUCAACUACUGUAUGGGUUUCAGCCAGGGAGGGGAGCGCCCUUCCUGCAACGCGAGUGUGAAAACUGUCCAAACCGGUGGCUCGACAAUGGCCGACUAUACCGCUGAUGCUGUAGUUGUGGCGGUGCCUUUGGGUGUGCUGCAAGCCAAUGCAGUGACAUUCUCCCCAUCACUUCCUGCCUCGUACACUGCUGCCAUAGCACGGAUGCAAUUUGGUGUUGUGAACAAAGCCGUGGCCGUUUUUGACACUGACUUUUGGUCUGCUGGGUGCAACAACGAACUCAUGCUUGCCAUCAACAAGCAGAAUGCCGGCAUUGACUCUCGGGGAAUGUUCCCGUACUUCAUGAACACUAACCGCAAUUGGAAAGGCACCAAUGCUUUGCAGUUGGGAGGUAUGCCAUUGCUUCUGAACAGAAGACAGAUGCAGAAGUGCAGGCCGAUUUCAUGUCCAGAAUCCGUCAGCAAUUUCCAAGUGCUCCCAACCCGACACGAUUCAUUCGAACAAAGUGGGGCUCGGACCCAUUUGCAAAGGGAAGUUAUACCACUCCGUCUGGCCUCAACGCCGAAAUGAACGAGUUGCGGCUUCUCAGUCAGGCAGUUAGUGCUUCACUCACAUUUGCAGGAGAGCACACCAGCCCGGUGUGGGCGGCCACGGUUCAUGGAGCGUAUCAGUCAGGCCAACGUGCUGCGGAUGAUAUGCUGAACGGUGUGCCCACACCCAUUUCAACAGCAUAUGCUUGCAAGCAUGCUGUAGCAGCGGACCUUUUUAUCCUGUUUGUUCUUUUGGUGUCCAGUGCAUUCUAAAAAUCGAACAUGUUAGAAGAUAUGUCAGUCUCGAUUGAUAUUUUCACCGAAAUGGUCCAUAGAAACGACCUACGGACCAUUUGCUUGCCCAAAAAAUGGAACAACA